GUGACAACUAGCGUAGGCGCAAAUAGGUUAGAAUUUGAAAAGUUUUGUUUAUUAUAAGUGCAUGUAAACAAUGUUAUCAAUUUUAAAAACCCUUGCAGAACUACCUGAUUCUACAAACUUAGAUAUGAAUGUCAUAAUACUAGUUGAUGAUCAAACUGUACUGAAAUCAAAAAGCUACAGGAUACUGCUUGGUCAUGUAGAAGUUUUAUCAAAUAGACUCAGGGAAUGUAUAAAGGAAAGUAGUACAUGUUUAGGGCUUUUUAUGCACCAUAAUGUAUAUCUACCGUCUAUAAUCGUAAGCUUACAAGUCGUGAAGCACAGCUUUGUAUUUCUCACAACUAAAAAUGCACAGAAACUCUCUGAGAAACUAAAACUAAAAUGGAUUUUGUCAUUAGAUGACACUGCUCUUCUUGAACAGUAUGAACUUGUUGAAAAAUGGGAGGUAGAUGAUUUUUGCAAAGUAAUCUUAUGGAAAAGAGUAACUGACGAUGUAAUGUUGGAUUUUGAGGGUGUAUUUUGUGUUAUGCAAACAUCAGGGAGCACAGGAGAAAGUAAAAUAGUCAGAGUUCCUCACCAGUGUAUUGAAAUAAAUGCUAAAAGCUUGAGAAAAAAAUUCAGCAUCCAAAGUCAGGAACGUAUAUUUUGGGGAACACCUCUGACUUUUGAUCCAGCACUGAUUGAAUUUCUUAUAGCCUUUUUGAGUGGUGCCACACUGGUCAUCGUUCCCCAGAACAUAUACUUGAAUCCCAAAGCCCUUCACAGCGCUCUGUUUACAAUAGAGAAAAUUACGUUUUUGCAAAUGGUUCCUUCAGUGUUCCUGAGAUGGAAUGAAAACCAAAUCAGCUUAAUACUUACCAAUGAUAGGCUAAAGACGCUAGUGUUUGGUGGUGAAGUAUUUCCAAAAUCUAUUUUACAAUAUGAAAGGGACGAAAAUCUGAGUAUUUUCAACAUCUACGGCAUCACAGAGGUAUCUUGUUGGGCAACCUUACACAAAAUCACAGAUGAAACUGUUGAAAGUAUGAUUCCUUUAGGGACAUGCCUAGAUGACACAGAUUUGAAAGUUGAGGAUGAGAAUGAAGGGGGCGAGAGCGGGGAAAUUUUAAUAGGUAGUUCCUCCAGAGUAUGUUAUCUGGAUGAUGAAGAACCCAAGAAACUUACUGGAACCAUUUACAGACCAACAGGUGAUAUAGCAAUAGUUAACCAAAAGGGCGUUUAUUUUGUGAGCAGAAAAAAUAAAAUCAUCAAAAGAUUCGGACAAAAAAUAAACUUGGGUAUUAUAGAAAAUGUGAUAUUUGAUAAAACAGGUCUAGUCAAUAAAUGUGUUUGGUCUCAAGAGCAUAACAAGCUAUUAAAUUUUAUUGUGAUAGAAGGAAAAUUUGAACCAGAGUACAAAAAAAGAAUGUUGGACAAAAUUAGGGUAAAAGUGAUAAAUCUUUUGCCUGAAAAUAGCAUUCCCGAUUUUUUGGAAAUCAUUGAAAAACUGCCUCUGACGUCUCAUGGGAAAGUAGAUGAAAAAGCUUUGGAAAAAAUGUAUUGCAGUAUUCAGCUAGCAGAUAAUGUGGAUUUCGUAGAGGUUUUUUCGGGACUGUGGUCAAAGUACUUGGGUAUUAGCGCUGCAGACUUAGACAGGUAAGGAGCACUCAAUUGCCAUUUUAAAAAAAACCUUGGGGCAACUAAAAUGUUAACAAACACAGGAUGGUUUAAAGAUCAUAUAACAUAAUGCUGCCAUGUAAGAACUUUUUGAGUGUAAACCAUUUUACACCUUGCAUUUUAUUACAUAUUACAGGUACAAAGAAUACAAAUUUUUUGAGACUGGCGGGAGUUCCAUAAAGGCACUGCAGUUGCUGAGUGAAUUUAAAGAAUUAACGAACUCCGACUAUCCUGAUCAACUACUGACAGCGAUUUUCGAAAAACGCUACGCAGACUGCGUAGAGUGCUUUCACAAUUUUGCAGCUAAAAGGCAAACUUCACGUGAAAACUUGCAACAUAUCCUGGAAAAAAGGACAAAGGUCGAUGAAGAGAGCUUGGAAAUCGUGUGGAAGUUUGAUUUGAAGGCGUGUGUUGAUGCUUCUCCUUUGGCUUUUGAGAAUGAGGGCGAAGUUUAUAUAGCAGUAGGAGCGUUUUCCCAUAUCUUUGUAGUCCUCAACGAGCAAGGCAGCGUGAUCUUUAAAGAAACCUUGCCAGACGCAAUAGAAGGACAACCGUUGCUUUCUAAUCAAAAGAACAUUAUUUUUAUAGGAUGUUUUGAUGGCCUUAUGUAUUGUAUUGAUUACAUACGUAAAGAAAUCGUUUGGAAAUACACGACUGGGGAUAGAAUCAAAAGUAGACCAUCUUAUUGCAAAAAUAAUACGGCGAUAGUUUUUGGGUCGUACGAUAAGAUCGUUUAUUGCUUGUCCGAGAAUGGGGACGAGAUCUGGAAGACAACACUCGACGGAAGCAUCACCUCGAAUCCGACAGUCGACACAAAAUUAGAAAAAAUCUUCAUGACAACAGUCAGCGGUUCUUGCUUUUGUUUAAAAGAGAGCGACGGAACUGUGAAAUGGCGUCACACUUACCGACAUCCCAUUUUUAGCUCGCCGUGUAUCUCCACAGAUGAAACUCAGGUGUUGUGUUGUUAUGUCAAAGGAACAGUGGUUUCUUUGAACGUUGAGACAGGACAAUUGUUAUGGUCCUACAAGACUGAUAACUUCAUCUUCUCAUCACCAAUACUACUGGGUGACUGUGUCACUUUCGGCAGCAUAGACAAACACGUAUAUUUUCUGAAGAUAUUACGCCACGGAUACGAAUUGAUAGCAAAGACUGAGCUAGACUCCCGAAUUACCUCAACUUGUUGCGUCCGCAAAGCGAGCGACGAGAAAGUGUUCAUAGUCGCAGCUUGCAAUUCCGGAAAAAUCAGCAUCAUCGAUACCGAAAGUUUUUCUGUGAUACGAAGCGUUCAGUUGCCCAACGAAGUUUUCUCUUCACCGUUUUUUUACAGAGACAAGAUUUAUAUUGGAUGCAGGGAUAAUAAUAUUUACUGUUUGAGUGUUUAGGGUUGAUGUUGUACCGAUAGAUGUUUUUUAAUGUUGUGG